UUUUAGUUUGUUAUGAAACAACAAGGUCACUAGUCAGUCAUAAAUCUGCACAAUGAUUUCUAACUUCCUAAGCUUGGCGGUGUUUGGAUCAGAAACAGCUCGUACUCUCCUCCACUACUACGAAGAGUGGAAGUGUCUUAAAUCAGCUACAGCGUUCGGCUAUUUCUAUUCUUUAUUGUAGAAUUUUAAGCAAGUGAACCGAAGUCGUAUUAUCUUGCAGCGAAAAGUCUUAUAUAUACUUGCAGCCAUCGUAACAUCAACAAAGAUAUAUGGAUAGAUUAUUAACGGAAGCCCAUAGAAACGGGUGCAAACUAAAUGAGAAUGUAGAAUUCAUUUCUUCCGUCGAUGAGUUUUCUACAUACGGUAACUUCGUAGCCACCGCCAAGACUGAUAUUGAAGCAGAUGAAUUACUUAUCUCUUGCCCUUUUGAGUAUGCCAUUACUUACGAAACUGCUAUAAUCUCAUUACAGUCCAUAAACGCCGAGUUUAAAUCAUUGUCACCAGAAAUCGUUAUGUAUACCUUUUUGGCUUUGGAAAGACUCAAAGCUUCGGAUAGUAAAUGGGCUGCAUACAUUGAAUAUCUUCCUAAAAGUUUCGAUACUCCCACAUAUUUUAAUGACGAGGACAAACAAUUCCUAAAAGCCACAAAUAUCGAGUUUGCUCUACAAGAUAGACUACAUAAUUGGCGACAUGCUUACGAAGAUGUCUUAAAAUUGGGAUCGUUCUCUGAAAACCAAUUCACGCUGGAUCUUUUUAUUUGGGCAGCAACUGUGUUUACAUCUAGAUGCUUCUCUUCAACCUUGAUUAACUCUAGUAUCAGUAAAGAAGACGCAACUCCUAUUCUUCUUCCGCUGAUCGAUAGUUUGAAUCACAAGGCUAUGCAGCCAAUUCUUUGGAAGACAGAUGUUCGCGAUACUAUGUCAAUUCAAUUAGUCUCUCAAAACACUACUUCUAGAGGUCAACAGAUCUUUAAUAAUUACGGACCUAAGGGAAAUGAAGAAUUGCUUCUAGGAUACGGAUUUUGUUUGAAAAACAAUGCGUUUGACACUGUUGCGCUUAGAGUAUCCGUUCACCCCGAUUUACCAUAUAGACAGGAAAAAACAUUGGUUUUGCAACAAGACAACGCUUUUGAGUUGAAUAAUUUGAUCUUUUUCCUCCAAAAAGAUGCAGAUUUCUCCGCAUUUGAGAAAGUACUGCAAUGUCUUACUGUGGUUAGUGCCUCAUCAUUAGAAUUAAAACGUAUCAUGGCUCAUCAAGCUUUGUUUGGUUUAUCUUCUUAUAGCUCGAGUCUGCGUGGCAAAAUCAAGUCAUUUGAGAUUUUGCUUAUGUACAUUAAUUCUCGUCUGCAACUGCUUAUAGAGAAUAAUCCGGAAAAAACUCCAGUCAACAUACGCCAGCAAUAUGCUAGUGUUUACAGAGAAGGCCAAAUUAAAAUCUUGGAGCAAUCUUUAAACCAAGUAAAAAAUUUCAUGGAAGUAGAACUGAAGAAGGUAUAUCACCCACUUCCUCAUUUAUUGCAAUACCUUGUCCUGAACUCCAUUUCUAUUUUUCUGCUCCAGCAUCCCAACUUUGCCCCCCUUUCGAAAGUAAUCACGGAGCUGUAUGGUACGACGGAUGCCGAGUCUAUUGCUUCUAGUGAAGAGCAGGAUAAUGUCGUGCUUUUAAUGUGUUUAUAUUGUUUGUCUGCUCAAGAAGCACUUCCUUUUUCGAUAGAGAUGCUUCAGGAAGGAUAUCCUGCUUCAAGCACGGAGGAGGGUGAUGAAGUCUUUGAAAUAUUUGACGAAAUGAUAUUUCAAAAAUAUCCAGACGUUUUUGGCAAUAAAAAAAUCUUUAAUAAAGAAAAUAUGUCAUGGGCAUUGCAAUUAAUAAAUGAGGAAUCUAUAGAUUUUUCUGGAUUUACAUUUGUUGUUGUUCAUGCUUAAGUAAAACGAAAUCAAUAUUUAGGGGUAAACUAAAAAAUGAAGGAUUUUUUUUUUUUUUUUUUUUUGGAAAAAAAAGGGAAUGUACAGAACACUUGUAUACGGAGCGUUCAGAUAUGUAUGCAUAGAAUCAUUACAGCUUAAUAAAUAAAACUUAGACUAUCUUAGGUAGAACCCGUUUGGACAAAUUUGUAAGGCCAU